UCCAAGACUCGUUAAAAAUAGUAUCCCAUGUCCGAAUAGAAUCGAUUCCUCCCACUAUCUUUACUUUUCUCUUUUUCUUCCACUCAAGUCCACCGGACCACCACAACACUACUAAUAAUUUAUGGAAUCGAAUAAAAAAACAGUUAUUGAAAAAUAAAAAAUGAUAUAAAUAGAGUCAACAAGCACAAAACACGAUGAAAGAAGCAUUACUACCAGCGUUGAGUUGCAGUUACAGCAUCGUCAAAGCCGGAGGAGCGAUUCCAUUUUCACCACCUUUGUUGUCUCCGUUUCCUCAUCACCGGAACUCUUCAAUAAUCACUCUCAGGUUCCUUCUUUGAUUUCUCCACGUCACAGUUACAGAAGAAAAAGAUUUCGUGAGAAGCUUAUAUUCAAAAUGGCUAACUACGAAGGACAAGUUAGUGGUAGUAGUAGCAGUGAUGUGAGAUCAGGGAAUAUGAUUUUUGAGCCUAUAUUGGAUGAUGGAGUGUUUCGAUUUGAUUGUUCUGUAGAUGAUAGAGAAGCAGCGUAUCCUAGUGUUUCUUUUGUUAAUAGCAGAGAUAGAGAAACUCCCAUCACUACUCACAAUCACAAGGUUCCUUCAUAUACCCCUACUUUUGAGUGCCUUCUUGAGCAGCAGGUUGUUCAACUUGAGCUACCUCUAGGUACCUCCCUCUAUGGAACUGGAGAGGUUAGUGGACAACUUGAGAGGACAGGCACAAGAGUUUUCACAUGGAACACUGAUGCAUGGGGUUAUGGUCCUGGAACUACAUCCUUAUACCAAUCACAUCCGUGGGUGUUAGCUGUCCUUCCAAAUGGCGAGGCCCUAGGAAUUCUUGCUGACACUACAAGGCGCUGUGAGAUAGAUUUGAGGAAAGAAUCAACAAUACGUCUCAUUUCUCCAUCCUCAUAUCCUGUCAUUACAUUUGGUCCUUUCGCGUCUCCUACGGAAGUUUUGAUAUCUCUAUCAAAAGCAAUUGGAACUGUGUUUAUGCCCCCAAAGUGGUCUCUAGGCUAUCAACAAUGUCGUUGGAGCUAUAUAUCUGAUCAGAGAGUUCUGGAGGUUGCAAAAACAUUUCGGGAAAAGAGCAUACCUUGUGAUGUGAUAUGGAUGGAUAUCGAUUACAUGGAUGGCUUUCGUUGUUUUACCUUUGACAAGGAGCGUUUUAGGGAUCCCAAGUCUUUAGUGAAAGAUCUCCAUUAUAGUGGUUUCAAAGCUAUUUGGAUGCUUGAUCCUGGGAUCAAGCAGGAAAAGGGCUAUUUUAUAUAUGACAGUGGUUCCGAAAAUGAUGUUUGGGUCCAAAAGGCAGAUGGAACACCUUUUGUUGGGGACGUGUGGCCUGGACCUUGUGUCUUCCCUGACUAUACACAGUCAAAAGUUCGUGCAUGGUGGGCAAAUUUGGUUAAAGACUAUGUUUCCAAUGGCGUGGAUGGUAUAUGGAAUGAUAUGAACGAACCAGCUGUAUUUAAGGUUGUAACGAAAACAAUGCCCGAGAGCAAUGUUCAUAGAGGAGAUGGUGAACUUGGAGGUUGUCAGAAUCAUUCUUUUUAUCAUAAUGUGUAUGGUUUUCUGAUGGCAAGAUCGACCUAUGAAGGGAUGAAACUAGCUAAUGAAGAUAAGCGUCCUUUUGUUCUCACCAGAGCUGGAUUUAGUGGCAGCCAAAGGUAUGCUGCAACAUGGACUGGAGAUAAUCUUUCAACCUGGGAGCAUCUUCAUAUGAGUAUCUCCAUGGUACUUCAGCUGGGACUCAGUGGUCAGCCACUUUCAGGUCCUGAUAUUGGUGGGUUUGCUGGCAAUGCAACACCGAGGCUUUUUGGAAGGUGGAUGGGUGUAGGUUCCUUGUUUCCCUUUUGUCGAGGGCAUUCUGAAGCUGGAACCACUGACCAUGAACCCUGGUCCUUUGGGGAAGAGUGUGAAGAAGUUUGCCGAUUGGCAUUGAAGAGGCGCUACCGCCUUAUCCCCCUUAUCUACACACUUUUUUAUUUUGCACAUACAAGGGGCACUCCUGUGGCAACCCCUACUUUCUUCGCCGAUCCAAAAGAUCCUAGCUUGAGGAAACUUGAAAAUUCGUUUUUGCUCGGUCCGGUUUUAGUGUAUGCAAGCACCACACGCAAUCAGGGGUUGGAUAAGUUAUUGAUUACUCUGCCAAAGGGAACAUGGUUGGGUUUUGAUUUCAAUGAUUCACAUCCGGAUUUACCAGCUUUAUAUUUGAAAGGUGGCUCAAUAAUUCCUGUGGGCCUCCCUCUUCAGCAUGUUGGAGAAGCUAAUCCUUCAGACGAUUUGACACUUCUCGUGGCUUUAGAUGAAUAUGGGAAAGCUGAAGGUUUUCUAUUCGAGGAUGAUGGCGAUGGAUAUGAAUUCACUAAAGGAAAUUAUUUAUUAACACAUUAUGUGGCUGAACUUCAAUUGUCGGUUGUUACUGUGAGUGUGCACAAAACUGAAGGAUCGUGGAAAAGACCUAAACGCCGCCUCCACAUUCAAUUAUUACUAGGUGGGGGUGCAAUGCUUGAUACCUGGGGAGUGGAUGGGGAAGCUCUGCAUGUAAAUUUGCCUUCGGAAGAGGAGGCGUCAACGCUGGUAUCUACUAGUGAGAAGCAAUACAAGGAACGAUUGGAAAAAGCAAUUCAAAUUCCUGAUAUAGAAGACGAAGUUUCUGGACCUAAGGGUAUGGAGCUUUCAAGAACUCCCAUUGAACUGAAAAGUAGCGAGUGGCUUCUUAAAAUCGUUCCCUGGAUUGGGGGUAGAAUCAUCUCCAUGAUACACUUUCCUUCAGGAACACAAUGGCUCCAUAGCAGGAUUGAAAUCAGCGGAUAUGAGGAGUACAGUGGUACAGAGUAUCGUUCUGCCGGGUGUUCUGAGGAAUAUUCUAUUAUCAAUCGAGAACUUGAGCAUGCUGGAGAGGAGGAAUCCGUGGUAUUAGAGGGUGAUAUUGGUGGAGGAUUGGUUCUUCAACGACAGAUAUAUUUUCCAAAGAACGCUGCCAACACCAUCCAAAUAAACUCUAGCAUAAUAGCACGCAAAGUCGGAGCUGGUUCUGGAGGGUUCUCAAGACUGGUCUGCUUAAGAGUUCACCCAACAUUCAGUCUUUUGCACCCGUCAGAAUCUUUUGUCUCAUUCACUUCAAUUGAUGGAUCAACACAUGAAGUAUUUCCAGAUGGUGGGGAGCAAAUUUUCGAAGGACACCUUAUUCCUAAUGGUAAGUGGAGGCUCGUUGAUAAAUGUCUUGGCUUGGCACUGGUCAAUCGAUUCAAUGUUACUGAGGUAUUUAAGUGUCUUGUUCACUGGGAUUCUGGCACUGUCAACCUGGAGCUUUGGUCAGAAAGCAGGCCUGUCUCAGAGCAAUCUCCUCUCCGAAUUUCUCAUCAGUACGAGGUUAUACAAGUUCCUUAAUUUUUUAGUUGGUCACUACACAAGGUGUCAGGCUGUUUGAAACGGCAGAAUAAUGCUACUACAUAUUAUGCAAAUAAAAACUAUGCAUCUAAAUUCUAGUGUUAUUUAGUUCUCCAUUUUCACUUGAUGCACGUUUGGUUAGACCCUGAUCAGUAAAUAAAAUGGAUGAAGUUAUGGAGGAGGAAUGAUAAUAGUAUUUGAAUUCGGAAGCACAAUACCAUUUUCGAAUGACACAGUUAUAAAGCAAGAAAUCUUGUAUUUCUUGUACGCAGAAAGAUUUCGAUACGUAACAGAUUCUAUUCUGCACUAAAUAAAAUUCUUACAAAGCUUUCAACAUGUACAUUUCCUAGCAAGAAUUGAACAUAUAUUCUAUUUAAUUCAAACAAGAAGAUAUCCAACAAAUCAUCUGAUAAAAAAAGUCUGAGAUGCACGAUUUAACGGUUGAAAUAAAAACCAACGAUGCAACGCAUAGAAGAAGAUGAUGAAACAUCACUCAGUAUCACUGUCUUGAACAUUGAGGUAGGUUGAGGUCCCAAUCAAUGUUGAGUUUCUGGAAGAAAUUCUAAAGUGAAUCAGCAUUGGUUGCUCCCCAUGAGGAUGAGGUGAGUUAUAUGACUGGAGUAUAGAAUCUACUAUGACGGUGUGUGAUACUUGGUGUGGGCAAACUUGGAGGGAAAUCAAGUUUAAAUUAGAGUAAACUUUACUCAAAAGGUUAUUUUUCCAUCUAUAUGUGGGGGACCAUAACCAUGGUCCAUGGCACUCAUGUUUGACUGAAAUCUCAUUCCUGAUAUUUAGAACAAUGAUCUUGAGCGAGUUUUUCUCCAUCUUCUAAAUGCAUGUUGAUAAGUGGUACUCAAAUUGAAGACUUUGGAGCUCAUCAAAUGUUAGUUGCGUGCCAAAAAAGCUAACUGAAUGCUAGUUGUUGCAGUUGGUUAGAGGUUAGUUAUAACUGCUUUCCUCUUGCUCUCUAAUGUAAUUGACUUGUGUAUAUAAGGCCUAGAUCAGUUCUGAUGUAAUAAAAAGGUUGAAAGCAGAACUGCAGUUACAAGAGAGAGGAAAUACGUGAGGAAAGAACAAGAAAAAUUGAGAGAAUUAGUUCCUUGAUUCACCAUGAGUCAUUGAACAAGAAAGCUUGUAAUUUUUAUGUCAUAUUAGUGAUCAUUUCAAGAUGAUCAAGUCGGAUUAUGUCCUCCUUAUGUAAGAGUUUAACUCUGAAUUGGGUUAAUAAUUCUGUGCACUCAUGGUGCAAUUUUCUGGUUUUUUUAUUCAA